AUGCAGCAAGCUCAUUCUCCAUUUCUAAACAGCCUGUGUACUGUUGCAGGUGGUAUCUUCAACAUGCCAAAUGAGUUUUUCAUUUCAAAAUAUGACCAUACUUCCCUCCCACAGGUCACAGACCUGAUCGGAUGGGAAGCAGGCAAGGGAAAAGCAUAUGAUAUCUUCAAGGCACCCAUACUUUACCCUGCCCAUGUCAUGAAUGAGAAGAAAAUUUUCAGAAACUGGACAGUCAUUGCAAAGGUAAGUUCUUGUUUUGUUUUGAAGGUUAUCAAGGUUGCAAUAUGUGGAAAGAUGACAUUGUGUCCCAAAGUGCAUGGUGGACCACCUCCCUAUGCCAAAAUAUGGCAGCUUACGAACUGCACUCCUGGGCUGAUUGCAUUCGGUGUCACAUCAACCAUCUUUAUCCUAUCCCCAGAUCAGGAAUUUUCAGGCGAUGGUAUUGGCGCUAUUUCCUCAAUUGCCUAUCACUCUAUCUUUCAGACAGUCAAGAAAUUCAUCAUCAUCAAGUGA